GACGUCACCGUGCAAAACAUGGAAGUCGAUUUGUUUGUGUUUUGGUGUUGAAGGAAUAUGGUAUAUUUUCUGUGCAGUGAGGGUGUGUGUAAGCUGGCAAGAUGAGUGACAGCGAGGACAGGAAGUGGUCGUGUGAGUACUGUACAUAUGAGAACUACCCAGCUACAAAACGAUGCACGCUGUGUCGGGGGCCGCGCCCGGUGCAGCUCAUCACCAACUCUCCUAGUCAGGAGCAGGACAUCUACAAGAUGGCACCACUGGUGCCACCACCGAGCAGCGAAUCAAAUUAUGCCACAACCAGCAGCACUAGUGAACUCAACAAGUGGGCAUGUCACAUGUGUACUUAUCUCAACUGGCAGCGGGCGACAAAAUGUACUCAGUGCCUCACCCCACGCAAAAAACUCUCCCCAAGUCGAUCUCAACCCACCUCUCACCAGCAGCAGCAGCAACAACAACAUGAGAAGAUGCAGCCCCUUAGUGUCAAUGUCAAUAUAGCUGAGAGCUCAGCCCCGCCAAUCUCAGGUCGAACCACCCCCAAACGCAACUCCCCCAAUUCUCCGGAGGCAGCUAAAUCAAUAAACAAUGACAUUAACAAGGCAGUGGCAGCACAUGGCAAUCGUAGCGGUGCCAAGUGGAUAUGUCGAGCCUGCACCUAUGAGAACUGGCCAAAAGGUAUCAAGUGCAUUCUGUGUGGCACUGCGAAGGGUAGGACCUUUUCUGACACAAACCUGGCCUCAGGGGGAAGCUAUGGGCUUAUAUGUGAGCAGGAAGGAGGGAACCGGCGGGGGCGGGCCUCACCAGGAAUGUCCCAAAGUCUUGACAAUAUCGAGAAUUACCAAGACGGAGCAUCAGCUUCAGCAUCUACUUUCGAGGACAAGAACCGCGCUGAGGAGCGCAGGUUACGACUGUUGAGGAAAAGGUUACGUGAUAAGGAUUGGCUGUGGUUGAGUGCUUGUAGCGGUGUUGUGGAUGGAGACUCAAAUGCUGUCGAAGCUUUCAUCGCAUCGGGUGGUGAUCCGGCUCGGCAGCUCACACAAGAUGAAGUUAACCUGUUAAAUCGACCAAGUGCAUUUGAGGUGGGAUACACUUUAGUUCACCUAGGCAUCCGAUUCAAAAGGGAAGACAUGUUGGCGGUGUUGCUGACUGCGACUGACGUGGCUGCGAAGGCGGUCAAACGUUUACCUGCCCACACCAGUCCGGACCUGGCGACUGACAUCCGGAGGGAAAUCGCAUCUUCAUUACGACAGAGAAAGGGGGACUUCCCAUGCUUCUUCUUCACCGACUGUGUCACCUUCGCUCUUCCAACAGAUAUUGAGGAUCUACCUCGCCACAUCCAGGGACAACUGUUUGAUGAGUUGUUGGACAGAGAUGUACAGAGUGAGUUGGAGGAGGAGAGCAUUGUCAACUGGAACGUGGAGUUGACAGACCGGCUGGGGAGUCGUCUGUACUGUCUGUGGAACCGGACGGCGGGAGACUGUCUCCUUGACUCCCUCCUGCAGGCAACGUGGGGGGUGUUUGACAUUGACAACACGCUCCGCCGGGCACUUGCAGACAGCCUUAGUGAAGGGGUCAUGACGUUUUACCCACGCUGGAAGGAGUAUGAGUCUAUGCAGGCGCGAUCUCUUCACUUCAGCCUGGAUGAGAGUCAGUGUCAAAGGGACUGGGCCCUGCUCCUCAGCCUUGCUAGUCAACCAGGGGCAUCACUUGAGCAGACCCAUAUAUUUGCACUGGCUCACAUCUUGCGACGACCAAUUAUUGUGUAUGGAGUCAAGUAUGUGAAGAGUUUCCGAGGGGAGACAAUUGGCUUUGCCAAGUUCCAGGGUGUGUACCUUCCGUUGCUAUGGGAACGUAGCUUCUGUUGGAAGAUUCCUGUGGUCCUUGGCUACACAAGAGGCCAUUUUUCUGCUCUGGUCUCCAUGGAGUUGGAUACGGAUGACAGCAUUGGUGCCGGGGCUAACAUUGAAAGUAAUGAUGAAGGACAGGUGGCUUAUCUCCCCUUGGUAGACAACGAGGGCAAGUUGCUUCCUGUCCACUUCCUCACGGGCUCAGAGAUCGGGCGUGAGGACACCAUCCUACGGGAGUGGCUAGACUGCGUGGUGACGAAGGGUGGUAUCCUCGUGGCAGCCCAGAAGCUGGGGAAGCGGCCAGCGCUGGUGAAGCAGAUGGUGGAGGAGUGGCUGGAUCACUACCGUCAGCUGUCCCAUGGCAUCCCUCCCACCCAUCAGACCAGCCUGUCUUCACAGACUUUCUCCAGUGAUGGGGAAAGUGACCAGGAGUGACGGCCCACCUACUACUCUUUUGAUUGGGUAGACAUCAAACAUGCUCCAGAAUGAUUGGUCAAGAAUGGAACAUGCUCUCUCCUGAUUGGUCAGAAUCCAAACAUGUUUUCAUUGGUCAGAAACAAAACACCCCUACUGAUUGGUCAGAAACCUAAUGAUUGGCAAUAUGCCAUAGAUGCUUGUUUCUGAUUGGUCAAGAUGUUGAAGAUCUCUGGUGUUCUCUGAAGGGACAAGAGAAAUCCAAGUGUUGACGUGCAUGGAUCCAUCACACCAUGACAGUCCAUUCUGAGAAGAUUAAUGGGAAGAUCCAGUCAUCUUCAUGAAUUCUUGUUGUUGAUAAGAUAUCUUACACAAUAGGGUUCACAGACUGAUAUUGAAGUCAGUAUCAGAUUGGUAAAACAGAGUAAAACAAAAAUCUUUGGAUUCUUUGAAUUUUGAGACUGCCUGUAAGUGUUACGCCAUGUGCCAGUCUUCGUAUGUUGGCAGGGAAUGGUGACACAUGUAACUAGUCAUCAGGAGAGCAGAAUCUUCAAAGACCGAUGGAUUUAUUGCAAUGAAAGUAAGCUCUGGCGCUAGAUUGGAUUGAGGGAAAUCAUCUUCUGUCUUGUUUAGGCUCUUAGUUGCCAUUGACUUCUAUCAGUGUCUGUUACUGAUUAACAACAAUAUUUACCAUCACUGAGUCCUGGAAUGUAUAUUUUGUCCCCAUGAUAGUCCAGUGAAGGUGAAAUGUAUUUAACUGGCUAAAACAUAUGAAUAUUACGGACUUACUUUGUUUGGCAAAUAUUAGGUUUGAUUCAGCAUGUUAAGGCAAAUACUUUAUCAUCGAUAAAUGAAUUAGUUUGAUUAACUGAGUAUGAUCCGACCCGACAGGCCUGUUUGAAUUGCCCGGACCCAUCUAGGCUUGUUUUACAUUAACGUCUCUGUGAUAUUUACCAUGUGUUUACAUAUGUCUAUAUUUUCAAUCAAAAUACCUUGUUGAUGUCAGUCAGAUUAAGAGAUAAUUAUUUUAGACUUGCACUGGAAGUAACAUUUGCACAUUGGAGUAUUCAUGUUGACUUACAUAUGUUGAAAUUCUUAUGUUAGACAUCCCUAGAGCUGGCCUUAGGUGAAUUACCUCAGCCCUGAAUGUGGGUAUGUAUCAGGAUAUAGUGUGAUUUGAAGUAGGUGAGCUACAACCAUCACGUAAUACCUCAUCAGUUACAGUGGGCAACAGAUACUAGCCAGGCUUGUGGCGACUUUAUUGUAAGUUGAAAUUCAUUCUCCCAAAUUGUAUGUCAUGGAGGCCGCUAUUAAGACUCUGUUUCAGAGAGCAUUAUGUGCUGUGAAGAUGGGAAUAUUGGGAGGGGUUUGUUUGUCAUCCAGGCCCCGAUUUCUCAAAACAAACUUAAGUUUUUACUCAAAUUUCAAACUGAGUUUGACAAUUUGAAACAGCUGAAUUUUUAACUC